CACAGUCUGCCAGACCCGCUCUUCAACAUCAGAUGACGAUGAACCGUUUCUAUCUUUGCUAAAUCUCUUUAUGGAUUCAAAGUGAUUGACUGUAAUCAUGAGUACAAACAUGGCUGGAUGUAUACUGGGGACAGCCUACUCUCUUCUGCUCCUUGCUUCUUUUCUCCAAGGAGCCAAGAAUGUUGAGCUGUUUUUUAAUGAAACAAUGGAAGCUGAGGUGGGUCAGAACAUUACCUUACCUUGCUUCGUGAAAGAUGGUGCUGAUCACAUGAUUGUCGGAAUUAAAUGGAUGAAAAGUGAAGGAACAAACCUUGCUGUGUAUGACCUCAAUUAUGGACCUCACCAGUAUUGGCCUAACGUGACCAUCCAACAGAAGAAAAAUUAUGCAAACAAGUUAAUUGGUUCAUAUCUACACCUUCCUUGGGUGAACAAAUGGAACAGUGGAAUCUAUAUCUGUGAGAUCUCGACAUUUCUUUUAGGUUCUUUUAGGAAUAAAACAAAGUUAACAGUGAAAGAUGAGCUCAAACUAUUGUGCAAUACUGAUAAACUUGUUGAGGUUCACAUUGGAGACAACGCUACAGUUAAAUGCACAGUCAACUCCAAAGCACAGUACAAGUGGACCAAGAACAACAAGUUUGUGUCAGACAAUGAAUCCCUGGAGCUCUGGGAGGUGACAGAAGCCCAUGCAGGAAUUUACAACCUGACAGUCAACACAGGAGACAAAAGUCUGCAUAAAGAUUUUAUUAUCUCUGUGCUGACUACAACCACCAUUUUAAGGACAGGUCCAACAGAGUCAACUCAGCAUCCAACUAAUUCAUUGCACACCAGCGCUGCAAUAUCAUUAACCACCACACUUUCAACAGACACACAAUGGACCACUCAACCAUACUCCAGCACUGUUAGAGUCCCUGCUUCAGGGCAUGUAACCCCUCCGGCAACUUUAACAUCUGUCAGUGUCCCAUCAUCCCCUGACACCCAAACCAUCACCCAUCUCCUACUCAACUCCAGCAUGUUGAAUAAUGACGUGACAGAGCUCACACCAACACAGAGAACGGCUAGUGAUGUCACGAAGAAUGAAUCCAGAUUUAACAGACAGCCCACAGAGAACAUUUUCUCAAUGAGCACCACGGAGUCCGGGAUAGCAGGAAGCAUAGAAAGUACUGGAACAACUUCAACUGUCCCUAUUACCAGCACAAAGACAGAAACCGAACGGCGUCAUAUCCUGUUGGUGUUCAUCAUCGUUCUGUUGCUGCUAUUGAUUCUCGUGGUUGCAAUUCUUUACAGGAAACAACUCAUAAAAAAGAGCAUGGACCUACCACCCUCGUUCAAGCCUCCCCCACCUCCUGUCAAGUACACUGCUGCAAGACGAAGCGAGACGCAGCUUUACCCCACUUCAAGGUGCAACUCUUUAUCAGCCCCUACGAGACCAAUUUUUGUAUGAUAAACAAAUAGUAACUUGUUUUGUAUGACAGCAAUAUCUGUUGUACUUGUUGUGGUCAGCUGAAAGGUGUUUUACGCAGAAAGAAAAUAUUUGUGCUUUUGCUGCGUGGACGCAUGUGCCAGAAUUUUUUCAUUAGAGCAGGACGGCGUAUCUUUAUGAGAUCACACGCAGACUCAGCCCUCUACCCCACAUUUACUGGCACUGCCAAUUUGGCACCUUUUGGAAGCAUGUGUAAAGAGUCUUGAAAUAAAUUCCUCUUGAUUGCAAUUGAAUAAUCUUCGUUAUAAAGGGCUACAUCAAAAUGAAUGAAUAAAUAAAUAAAUAUAGCUCUGUUGCUAUAAUUCCCACUGGUGGUGAGAUAGCUAAUAUCCUUAUGCAUUGCUGCCAUGUUUUAAAUCAGCUUUAUAUAAAUAUAAAAAGAAUGUAAUUUAUGUUUUCCUGUUAGUCAAAGGCUGACUACUUAUUUUAAUCUUGUAGCUGAAAUUGCUUGUAAAUCUAGGGUAUAAAAGUGCAACAAUAGGCGCAAAAGAGUAAUACUAUCAACAACCAUUGUGUUGCCAUCAUCAGUGGUUCAAAUUCAAUAUUUCUAAAAGAUUUGAUUUCAUUCUACGAUUAUAUUCCAUUACUGCCCAAUGUUGUAAAAAAGCAACAAACCAAAGAAAUGCUAAUAACUAAGAGUUUUUGUUACAUGUUGCCUACUCAAAUAUAGCAGUUCUAUAAGCUGGUGAAUAUUUUUAGUGCACAAUUACUACAAAUUCCUACAAUUUAUCGAGUUUCCAUCCAUCCAUCCAUCCAUCCAUCUUCUUCCGCUUAUCCGAGGUCGGGUCGCGGGGGUAGCAGCUUCAGAA